AUGCUGAUGCAAAAUAUAUCAAAAUUAAUUGGAUAUAAUCACAUCUACUCAACUCCAUAUCAUCCACAAACCAACGGAAUAGUUGAGAGAUUCAACGCUACAUUCGUGCCACAAUUAGCCAGAUUGCAAGAUUCUGAAGAUAAUAAUUGGGACGAAUAUCUACAAGCAGUUGUUUUUGCUUAUAACUCUGGCAUUCAUAAAACAACAAAAUAUUCUCCAUAUGAAUUAUUAUUUGGAAGAUCAGCAAAGUUACCGAUUGAUCCACGUCCAACUCAAUUUUCAUUUCAAAAACCCAACGACUACUUCAUUCAACUACAAAAAACGUUGAAUAUUUAUCACAAAAAUGCAAAACAGCAUAUUACUCAUCAACAAGAAUUGAAUAAACAAAGAUAUGGUAAGAAUCGUCCAGAUCCACAUUAUCAGGAAGGCGACGUUGUAUUGAUAAGAGUCUUUGUUCGUGGACAUAAACUCUCAGAAAAAUAUUUAUCAACACCACAAAUUAUUGUAAAAUGUCAUCAUCAUACUUAUAUCGUGCGAGAUCAGGAAACUAACGUGGAAACGCGAGUACAUGUCGGUGACUUGAGACCGAUCCUACUCGAUUAUUAA